UUUUAGACCCCAUACACAUAUUGAAAUUGCCAGUUUGGUUCGGAUUAUUAAUGGCGCUCAACAGCUUCCGAUUCUUUGCCAGCUUCCAAAGGUAUCAGCGAUUUAGCACGGGCGGUAAAAAUGUCGGUGGCAGCGGGCGCAAAGACGAUGAGCAUGGCACACCGAAACUUGACCAAAAAGAUGCAAAUAUGGAUGUUGAUGUCGGUGCCAUCAAUGCAAAGCAUAUGGAGAAAUUGUUUGCAAAAUGGCUUCAGGACGAGGCCUCCAUUCAUGAGUCAUGGCAAAAAUACUUUAAUGAAAUGGUUAAGGAGAACUUCAAGGAAUGCUCUAAGGAUAUAUCGAAACCUGACACUGAUGCCCUGCCAGGAGCUGUCAAGGAUCUAACAAAGAAACAAACAGAACCAGAAAGUGCGCACAUCGCUUCCCCAAUUUAUUCUGCAAAAGAUUCCACAUCAGGUCAACCAAUUGCAUCUAAUCCAGAUAAUCCUGUAGUGCCAUUAAUGGCUGAAAAGAAUUCAACAAAGAGCACAGUAGAUGCACCUACAAUGGAGUAUGUAGAUCUCUUCUCGAAGCUGGGAAAAUCAAAGGCACCGCCUUCGAUUGAACUGCCAGGGUCUCAGAGAAAAUCCGCCACAACGCCCACUUCCUACUUCGAUACAAUUGACCCUCAAAGUGAUAUUGUCAUAGGCCCAACCAUCCUCAGUCCUUUUGUGGAAUCCAGUUCGAGUAAGGAUAAUAAAACUACACCACCAAAGACCACGACGCGCGAGCUACUGGGCAAAAUAUCGAAAAAUGUCAACGAAAAGGUUGAAAAAGCAAAGAAAAUUAUGACAAAGUCGCAGAGGUUGCCCAAAACGCUGCCCAAGAAGAACCCACAAAUGUUAAAGACGGAAAGCAAGCCCAAGAAAUCCAAGAAAAUGUUUAAAAUUUUGAAGACUCAAAUUGCCGAUGAUGAAAAGGAAGCAGAAACGCAGGCAGAAAAACCUUUUGCGAAGAAUAAAAAUCAAAUUUAUCUAUAUAAAGUCGGCUCCAGUGGAGCAGUGGACUAUUUUAGGCCAAUACCAGACCGUAGUUCUGAAGUGAAGAGUCCGUUGCCUGGCAAUAAACAAUUGCCAAAAAAAAUCGGCACAAAGGAAAAGGAUACAGAAACGAUGCCAAAUGCCAAAUAUCUGGAAUCAAAUAUGCUCAACCAAAACGAGACCCUGUCCACCGCUGAUGAUGCAUUCGAAGCUUCUAAGACUGAGAAAAAGCCAAGCACAAGGAGAAUGGAAAGCAUGGAAACUGGUUUAGAGGACUUUGAGUUGCCCGAAUUCGAAGAUAAAUCUUUGCAAAGGAAACGGAAAGCUGUCGACAAGGAAAAUAAACGUAAGUCUUCAGAAAAGAAUGUAAAGAGUUCAAUAUCAGUACACAAAUCGGUGUAUAAAAUGGCAAACAAUGUUAAAGCCGGUUCGGAUUCAUCAGAGAAGAAAUCCCGUGACUAUAAAGCGAGCCACAAACCUGGGCCCAGUGUAACUUAUCGACAAUUGGCAGUGAAACAUAAUAAAAUGAAACCCAAAUCGGGCAAAACUCGCACGCUAAAUCCUAUUAAAUUAACUUCACCUGAGACAGUGGAAACAGAUUCUGUGGACAAUAAUUGGGCAGACGAAACGGACGAAAAUACGGUGAAAUAUUUGAAAAAGUCUGAGGAAAACAAAACGAAAGCUGAGGACACCUUCACUCAAGAAAUGGAAUCUGCUUCUGAUUCAUUUGAAAAGAGACAAGAGACGGGAGACAAAUCGCCGAAGGACAUAAAGGAGAAACUAGCAGUCCGUUACAAACUUUCCUCAGACUGUGACAAUAGUUCCUUUAAUCCGAAUAAAGGCAGUUUGAAGAACACAGUGACAGAUGAGAGCACAAUCCGAUACGUUCCAAGUGAUGCCAAGCCAAAGAGCGCCCCGAAAGAUUCUCUCGGAGAUGAUAAAACAAAUCCAGAGGAGUAG